AUGAACCUGCAGAACAAGUUUACUUGGCUACUCAGUAAAUAUUAUCCACCACCGCCCCCUACUCCACCGACAGUUAUUCAACCUGCAGCAGAUCGCGUGACUACACUCAACUGUGAUUCAGUUUCAGAUAACCAGAAAUCUGUUCUUGCACUUGGGCCUAAUUUUGCAGUAACACCACAUGUUAAUCAGGAGUUCAAGGACAAAGUUUCCAUGGACAUUGCACAAUGCGUGUUUAAGAUCAGACAUAAGCAAGCAUUUGAACAACAACCAGUAGAACAGUCUAUGGAUUCAGAAGAACAGCCUAAUAAUACUCCAGAACAUCAUGAAGAAGCAGAAGAAGCAGAAGAGCCUACCUCGAAGAAGAUCAAGAGGAUUUGUCCCUUCCCCACACCCUUCACCCGAACCCCUGACCCCGCUUGCCCUGAACUUGAGGAUAAACUCGCAUACAAGUGUGGAGAGUUCGUAGUUACCACCAAGGAUAUUCAUAGAACGCUGACGGAGAAACACCUAGAGGAAACUGCAGUUUACCUGCAGAUACUCCCAACUAGGAAGGUACGAGAAUGUUUCAGAAACACCAUCCCUCUGGAACAGGUGAAAGUACGACCCAUUAUCAGCUGUGUUGACUCACCCACAGAGAGAUUGAGCUGGCUGGUGACAACCAUCCUCAAACCAUUACUGAAGGAAAUACCCAGUCACCUUGGUAAUCUCUUUGAACAUCUGGAAACUCUUCGUGCAAUUCCGAAAGAACAGCUAGCUGGCAGGAGAAUCUUCUCGGCGGACAUUUCAGCACUUUAUACCAACAUAAAUGUCCAAGGUUGUAUUGAUGACGUUAUAGAACUGGCCACUGAGCACCGGGAAAAACUUGAUCUCAUGGGACUGAACCUGACUGAUGUUCACGAGAUCCUAUUGCACAUCCUGACUAGUUCAUACUUUGUGUAUAAUGGGACUCUGUGGAUACAGCAGGAUGGCCUUUUCAUGGGAUUGAGACCGGGACCAUUUUGCGCAGUGAUCAGAGUGUACAAGUUUGAGAGAAGCUCGGUUUACACUGACUUACAUUACUUGUCGGUCUACUUAUCUGACUUCUACAAGCGGUACAUUGACGACGCCACCAGCACAGCUGUAACAAGAGAAGAAGCUCUAGCACUUGUUCAGAGUAUCGCAGACCAGGACCCUGACAAGAAACUCAAGUGGGAGGUAGAGUUUCCGGAGAACGACCAAGAGUUCAUCCCAUUCCUUAACACAGAGCUUAGAGUGGAACCUGAUGGAACUGUGACGAGCCGCUUGUACCGUAAGCCACAGCAGAAAGACAUCACACUUCACAAGAAUUCAUGUCACCCAGAAUCUGUGAAGACGAACACCGUGAUCAACCUGUAUAAAGAAGCGGACAAGAUCUCCUAG